CACCGAGCAGUACGAAGCAGAUCGCUCUCUCUCUUCAGAGUGUGUGUGAAUCUGAAAGUUCGAGGUUGCAGAAGAAGACGAGUCCAUGGCGGAAAGAAAGAGCUGACUCCUCCCAGUCAUUCUCUCUCACAUUCAGUAAUCUCUAAUCUUGCCGUCUACAUCUUCUUCUUCCUCCUCCAUUGUUACCAACGUAUAAGAAACCCCCCAUCUACACUGAGAUUUUAAUCACUGUCCCCUGCGGAAAUUCCUCUCAAACCACGCCAAGCAAAUCCCCAGUUCGGUGGAGAAUGGACCAGUCGAACGGUAAGGGAGUUGAGGAGCACGAGGUGAGGCAGAGGAUGCGGGAGAAGGAGGAGAGGGCUCUAUCGCCGCCGUCGGAGGAGGCGGAGGAGAACAUGAAGCUUUCGGUGGAGAGGAUCUUCGAGGGGCAGCCGGUGCCGUCGUGGAGGGACCAGCUGACGUGGAGGGCGUUCGGGAUGAGCUUCGUGCUGAGCGUGUUGUUCUGCUUCAUAGUGAUGAAGCUGAACCUGACGACGGGGAUCAUACCGUCGCUGAACGUCUCGGCGGGGCUGCUCGGCUUCUUCUUCAUCAAGACGUGGACGAAGCUCCUCGACAGCGCCGGCCUCCUCCGCCUCCCCUUCACCCGCCAGGAGAACACCGUCAUCCAGACCUGCGUCGUCGCCUCCUCCGGCAUCGCCUUCAGCGGAGGUUUUGGGAGUUACUUGUUCGGGAUGAGCAAACGAAUUGCCCAACAAACAUCAGAUACCCAGGACGCGACUGACAUCAAAGACCCGUCGCUUGCAUGGAUGAUUGGCUUCCUCUUUGUCGUCAGUUUCCUCGGACUCUUUGCAGUGGUGCCUCUUAGGAAGAUUAUGAUUAUCGAUUUCAAAUUGACCUAUCCAAGUGGUACUGCAACUGCUCAUCUGAUCAACAGUUUCCACACACCCGAAGGAGCCAAACUUGCCAAGAAACAAGUACGCGAAUUGGGCAAGUUCUUUUCUUUCAGCUUCUUGUGGGGCUUUUUCCAGUGGUUCUACACGGCUGAUCCAGAUCAUUGUGGAUUCAUAAACUUCCCUUCUCUUGGGCUCCAAGCCUAUGAGAACAUGUUCUACUUUGAUUUCUCUGCGACUUAUGUUGGAGUCGGGAUGAUCUGCCCUUACAUAAUAAACAUAUCGGUCCUUCUCGGGGGAAUACUGUCUUGGGGUCUCUUGUGGCCUCUGAUCGAGAAGAAGAGAGGCGAUUGGUACCAUGCGGAUCUUCCCUUGACUAGCAUGCAUGGCCUUCAAGGCUAUAAGGUGUUUUUGGCCAUUUCCUUGAUUCUCGGUGACGGCCUAUACAACUUCUUCAAGGUGUUGAGCCGAACCCUGUCAGGCUUGUACUACCAACUUCGGGACCGAGAUGUAGGCGUUGCUCUUCCGAUCGCGAAUGGUUCCUCUCCUGAGGCCAAUGAGGCUUCUUUCGAUGACCAGCGCCGGACGCAGAUGUUCCUCAAGGAUCGGAUUCCAAACUGGUUUGCUAUAGCUGGCUACGCCACAAUUGCCAUCAUUUCCAUCAUCACCCUCCCCCACUUGUUUCCCCCGUUGAAGUGGUACUACAUUUUGGUCAUAUACGUCUUUGCUCCGACCCUGGGCUUCUGCAAUGCCUACGGGUGCGGUCUCACUGACUGGUCCCUCGCAUCAACCUAUGGGAAGCUAGCCAUCUUCGUGAUUGGAGCUUGGGCUGGUGCCUCGCAUGGUGGAGUCAUCGCAGGCUUGGCUGCCUGUGGAGUGAUGAUGAACAUAGUAUCCACGGCCUCGGACCUAACCCAGGACUUUAAGACCGGGUACCUGACCCUGGCCUCGCCCCGAUCCAUGUUCGUGAGCCAGGUGAUUGGCACAGCAAUGGGCUGUGUGAUCUCCCCAUGCGUGUUCUGGCUCUUCUACAAUGCCUUCGAUGAUCUCGGGCAACCUGGGAGCACAUAUGCGGUUCCCUUUGCGACUGUCUACCGGGGCAUGGCUGCUCUGGGAACGGAAGGUUUUUCUUCCCUUCCCAAGCAUUGCCUUCAGCUCUGCUGUGGGUUCUUUGCAGCAGCCAUCGUGGUUAACAUCAUCAAGGACGCCGUACCAAAGAGGUGGGGCCGGUUCAUCCCGGUCCCAAUGGCAAUGGCUAUCCCAUUCUAUAUAGGAUCAUACUUUGCCAUUGACAUGUGCGUUGGAAGCCUGAUCCUGUUCAUAUGGGAGAAGGUGAACAAGGCAAAGGCUGAUGCUUUUGGUCCUGCAGUGGCUUCGGGUUUGAUCUGUGGGGACGGCAUAUGGACCCUGCCUAGCUCGAUACUCGCCCUUGCUGGAGUAAAGCCACCGAUCUGCAUGAAGUUCCUGUCGAGGUCGACUAAUGCUAAAGUCGAUAAAUUCCUUGGAUCUUGAAAGACACUUGGUCCGAAUUCUCUGUAUGUAGAAGGAACGUAGCAAAAGUUUCAUACAAUAUCGCCAAUCGACCUGUAAAAUAGUUUCGCGUCUGUUCCCGAUCUCCGGUUUCUUCCUUUUCAUGUGUAAUAGUUUCCGAAUGCAAUAUUGCAGCAACCAUAUCAAACCCUGUGAUGGAUCAUGUAGCGGUAAAGCUUUUGCAAUGGAGAAAUGAAAUCAACGAGCAUGUUUGGCUUCAA